UGUCAGUAGCGGUCGGUGUUUCCAGACAGUGUUGCUGAUAGCGGAGUGUUUCUGUUGUCCGUGGUUCGCCCCGUCGCCCCAGGAGACACACCGCGGGGGAGAGGCACCCUCGACGUGGACGUGGUCAGUUGGCGUGUCCCGACUUGGAGUGACGGCCGGGCGCUCCUAUGAUUCCUGCUACACAUCUCUGCCCCGCUCCCUGACUGACUGCUCCGCGGACCGUGCUCCUGUCGCUGACCCAUUUUACCACUUCGUCCGAGCUUGAGGGAAGCCGGGGCUCAAGAUGUCGGUGGCGGGCCUGAAGAAGCAGUUCUACAAAGCCAGCCAGAUGGUAAGUGAGAAAGUCGGAGGAGCAGAAGGAACUAAACUAGAUGAAGACUUCAGAGACUUGGAACGGAAAGUAGAUGUGACCAGUAAAGCAGUAGUGGAGGUCAUCUCCAAAACAUCAGAGUACCUUCAGCCCAACCCAGCAUCUCGGGCCAAACUGUCCAUGUUGAACACCAUGUCAAAGAUCCGUGGGCAGGUGAAGAACCCAGGUUAUCCUCAGGCUGAGGGGUUGUUAGGAGAGUGUAUGGGCAAAUAUGGACGGGAGCUGGGAGAGGAAACAAACUUUGGCGGAGCACUAGUAGACGUAGGAGAGGCCAUGAAGAGAAUGGCAGAAGUCAAAGACUCUCUAGACAUCGAUGUUAAGCAGAACUUCAUUGAUCCGUUGCAAGGGCUCUGUGACAAAGACCUCAGAGAGAUACAGCACCACCUCAAGAAGCUUGAGGGUCGUCGCCUGGACUAUGACUACAAGAAAAAGCGCCAGGGCAAGAUCCCAGAUGAGGAGGUCCGACAGGCCCUGGAGAAGUUUCACGAGUCAAAGGAAGUGGCCGAGACCAGCAUGUACAACUUGUUGGAGACUGAUAUCGAGCAGGUGAGCCAGCUCUCGUCUCUGGUGGAGUCUCAGCUGCAGUACCACAGACAGGCUGUUCAGGUGCUUGAUGAGCUUUCUGACAAACUCCGUGAAAGGAUGAAUGAGGCUCAGUCUCAACCGAGACGGGAAUACACACCUAAACCCAAACCUAUCUAUGACUUUGGAGAAGACAACCAUUCAAACGGCGGAUACUCAACAUCGAUGGCCCCUCCAUCCUCAUGUAAUUCAGCACCGGAGCAGCCGAGCUGUAAGGCGCUGUACGACUUUGAUCCGGAGAACGAGGGCGAGCUGGGCUUCCGCGAGGGCGACAUCAUAACCCUGACCAAUCAGAUCGACGAAAACUGGUACGAGGGCAUGCUGAACAGCCAGUCGGGGUUCUUCCCCCUCAACUAUGUCGACGUCCUCAUCCCGUUGCCACACUAAUACAAAGAGAGCGAGAGAGCUGAGAGGAGACCGGUGGAGAUGGAGAGAGCAAGUAGAAAUAGCAGAGAGGGAGGAAAGUCAAGCCAAGGGAAGAUCAUUUUCACCUUCAGCACCAGUGACCACAGACGAGCACUUUUUGUCAUCUUGUUCUGGGGGAAGCUGGUUCCAUUUCAGAGUCCAGAGAAGAAUUUCAACCCGUUUCACCCAAAGGUAAAAGGAUUUAGAGAUGGACAAGACACGUCAUCACUUUUUAUCCCAUAGUAGGAAAUAUUUACUGAUGAAACAUUUCUAAGCAAUACUUUUUUAAUUAACUACAAAUUACUGAUAUGAUAAAGAAAAUUGUGUUGAAUCUGAUGACUGGAAUGAUGCAUUUAUAUUAUUGUCUUUGUGCAACUGCAGUCUGUUUGAAACUCAGGUUGGUCACCAGUGUAAAAGUCCGUUUUCAGACUGGAGAGGCCCACUCCAACCUCACAGCUGAUUAAUAUGUUUGAUGUAACCUGACUGAAACUCAUUCACAUUUCAAAAUUGAGAAACGAUUAUCUUGUCUUUAAGGAGAUUUGGCCAGCGGCUCAUGCUGCCUCCUGUUGGCGUGACUUAGAAUUACUUUCACAUAAACUAAAAUGUGACUGCACAUGAACAUAAAUGUAGUUCUACCUGCAUCUAUAAAAAGAAAACUUUCCUAUUUUUAACGAGAAAGAUGAGUCUAAAUGUAUCUCAGAUUUGUGAGUCCGACAGUUUCCAGGUUGUGUUAAUGCUCGUUUUCUCACCUGUGCAUUGAUGAUGCUACAGUAGCGUCACAUCACAACAGGUUAUUUUCGUAUCAUUUCAGUAUUUGAUUUGAGGUUAGUCUCAGUUUACCACAGUAGUUUUUAAGAGUAGACCGACCGAUUAUGUGAGAAAACGUACUUGCACCUUGGUCCUCAGAUGAGAUUGAUGUGUGUGUGACAGACUUACCUUGCCGUUAUACAAUGACCCAAAGUUUUAAUGCAGACCUUGCACCUUUUUGUCACUUAAGGCGAGCGUGUGUAGAAUGAUUAGCCGUUCGUCUGCUAUUCUUUUUGAUAGAAAAGACAGAGCCAAAAAGUCUCUAUAAAAUGUUAUAGUAACCUAUCGCCUAGUGCGCUCGGAUAUUCUCAAGCAGCCAUUUAUUCAUGUAGUGUUGGGUCUGUUUGUGUUAUCAUGUUACGCCUUUUGUCUUUUGAGCCCUGUUGUAGGCACCUGUUUACUCCCUGCAGUGCCUGAUUAGACGACGCUGCUGGCAGCGACUCUCUCACUGAGAUUCUUCAACGAUUGUCCCUCUGUUUCUAUCUGCCCUCAUGUGUUUGAGAAUGUGAACCUUGUUUCUGCUUUGAAGCCGUGUGCGACCCCUGUUAUUCUGAUCACUGACGACUGCUUUGAUUUAUUUGUUAGUGUAAUGGGCUGAUUCAGACUGGUGUUUUAAUCUAUUAAGACAAGGCUGGUUUCUUGUUUUGGAUCGAGUCACAGUCGGCACAAGCCGCAUGUGGAGUCUAGUACACUGUACUGUAUGAGGGAAACACCUGGAGUGAAAGGGAAAACAUCAAGGGAAAAAUGAUAAUUGGUAUAAUUUGGAGAACCCUUGUUACCAAUUCAUCUUUACCAAACAUGUCUAAUCAGUCCGAUUGUCUUCAGGGGUAGUUUUAAUGAAUGAAAAAUACUAUUUGAAUGUGUCUGCUACAUUCCCCCUGUUAUUUGUGUUUGUCCCUCACUCCACGCUGCCAGACGUUAGUUUGGUCCUCAUCUACACAUGUUUACAUCUCUGAUCGUACAACAUUUCAUUGCUUGUAUCAAGUUCAGGGCAAAGUUAAAAGACUGUAGGAGGUGCUGCCUGGGUCACACUGUAAUAAAAAACAAGUCCUUGUUAGCUUUGUGUGAGUGCCUUUGGAAAAGAAAGGAGGGAAAAUACCGCAACUAAUACAGCAACCAAAACCUAACCUAGCUACUUAAAAAGACAAUGGUUGAGUUUCUUUUUUUUUUCUUCUACUUUUGGUUUUAUUUGUAGCCAUUGGCACUUUUCCUGUGUAAAGUUGAAAUGCAUGUGUGCACAUGUCUUGCACAUUUAUGACACUACAGCAGUUUCCUGAACAUGUUGUGUUGAGAUAAUGUGACGUUUUGUCCACAAACCACCAGUGGAAACAGCAUCCGUGUAGUUUAAACCUUGUGUGAAAAAAAAAAUAUCCCACUGAUUUCUUUUUUUUUAAAGGGCUAUGCAUUUGUUUGAUCUGUCUUAAAUACUCUUUUGAACAGUGUAAAAUCACUCUGGCUCUCUAUAGUAUUAUUUUUUUAUAUAUAAGACCGUUAAAACGUUUUAAAUUAAUCUCUGCAUGUAGUCCUAUGUUACACCUUGUAAGUGUAUGUCUUAGAUUUCAGUUUCCCUUUUACGUGAGUACAGAAUUUAACCGCAAUAUUUUGUCUUUUAUUAUCAAAGUAUUUGUACGUGCCUCCCCCCCCCCCCCCCCCCCAACUCCACCCAUUCUUACAAUAAACAAAAAGGAAAAAUG